ACUGAAAAUACCCUCACCACAUCUAUGGAUUCCAUCAGGCUGGUAGCAGAGGGUUUAGCAGCUCUGCUCGCUCUUUUCUUCAUCUGCAAUAUUUGGCAAAAGAAGAAAAGAGAAGCAAGAGGCCGACUACCAGAACCGGGCGGUCGUUGGCCAAUAGUCGGACACCUUGGCCUGCUGACGGGAACCACACCUCUCUAUAGAACUCUCGCUGCUCUUUCAGAGAAGCUGGGGCCUCUCUUCAGUCUCCAAUUGGGACAAAGGCGUGCCAUUGUGGUGAGCAGCAUGGACCUCGCCAAGGAGUGCUUCACUGUCAAUGACCGAGCCUUUGCCGGUCGGCCUCAGCUAGAAGGUUGGAAACGCCUUGGCUACAAUCGUGCCAUGUUCGUAUUCAGCCCAUAUGGACCUUACUUUCUUGAACUCCGCAAGAUCGUCGCCAACAAGCUGCUCUCAAGCCAGCAACUCCGACUGGUCAAACACAUCCAGGUCGACGAAGUGGGUUCCUUGGUGCAGCGAUUGUAUCGCAGUUGCAGCAACCUUGAGCCGGUUGAGAUGAACCAUCAUUUGACCUGGUUGGCUAUGAACAUCGUCCUCAGGGUGGUCGCCGGAAAACGGUACUUUGAUUUAGGCGGUGAAGGAAAAGAGUUUAGAGAAGCUCUCGGUGAAUUUAACAAUCUAGUUGGUACGUUCACCCUCUCUGACGCGAUCCCGUGGCUGGGGUGGCUAGAUCUGAGUGGCCACCUGCAGGCCAUGAAGAGGGUUCACCAGAAGAUGGAUGAAGUUGCCUCGGCUUGGCUUGCAGAGCACCGCCGGAAGGAGUCCAGUGGCGCCGGUGAGGAGAGUGACUUGAUGGACGUGCUCAUUAAAGAAUUAAAAGACGGCCACUUGUCGGAAAAUCAUCAAACUGACGCUAUAAUUAAGGCCACCGCUACGGUUUUGGUAGUAGCCGGGACAGAGAGCACGGCAGUCACACUUGAGUGGGCUCUCUCUCUCUUGCUAAAUAACCCACAUCUCUUAAAGAAAGCCCAAGAUGAGUUUGACUGCCAGGUCGGCAAAGAGCGACAAGUGGAUGAAUCAGAUCUCAGUAACUUGCCUUAUUUGCAAGCUAUAGUCAAAGAGACAAUGCGCCUACACCCAACCGGACCACUUUUGGUCCCACACGAGUCAACGGAACCAGUUCAACUUGGUGGGUUCGAGGUGCCGGUUGGCUCAAUCCUGUUUGUUAAUGUGUGGAAGAUUCAUCAUGACCCGACAUUGUGGAUCGACCCAGAAGAAUUCAAGCCAGAGAGGUUCUUGAGCAGCCGCAAUGUGAUGACCGGCUUUGGUGGUCAGGACUUUGCGUUCUUGCCAUUUGGAUCGGGAAGGAGGAUCUGCAUUGGCCGGCGGAUGGCCAUGCAAGUUCUUAACCUAACUUUGGCAUGCUUGCUGCAGAGCUUUGAAUGGUCUACACCCAUGAAUGAGCCGGUUGACAUGACCGUGGGACAUGGCCUAACCCUGCCCAAAGCAACUCCGCUUAGAGUGCUUUUGAGGCCCCGUCUCCCACCCCACCUCUAUUAGUUACUUGUUUUUAGUAUUAGUUACUUGUUUUUAGUGUAUGCUAUAACAUUACCAAUAAUAUGGCAGGUUCAUGGUUUCAUUUUUGAGAAUAAA